UUUGAUGGUCUGGAUGAGUGUCGAUUUUGUCUGCAGUUCAGUCACAGGUCAAAGUGUUGUGAUGUGACAGAGCAGGUCUCAGUCGACAUGUUGCUGACAAACCUCAUCCAGGGGAAUCUGCUUCCCUCUGCUCUCAUCUGGAUCACCACCCGACCAGCAGCAUCCGGUCAGAUCCCUCAGAAGAAAUGUGUGGACCAGGCGACAGAAAUUAGGGGAUUCAACAAUCCACAGAAAGAGGAGUACUUCGGGAAGAGAAUCAGUGAUGAGAAUCUGGCCAGCAGAGUCAUCAGACACCUGAAGUCAUCCAGGAGCCUCUACAUCAUGUGCCACAUUCCAGUCUUCUGCUGGAUUGCAGCCUUUGUUGCAGAGAGAACAUCAGAAGAAUCAGACAAAGCUGAAAUGCCAAGGACUAUGACUCAAAUGUACACCCGUUUUCUCAUCAUUCAGACCAGCAUUAGAAAGGGCAAGUACACAGAGAGAAAAGAGACAGAAAAAGAGAUCAUUUUCAAACUGGGGAAACUGGCCUUUCAGCAGCUGGAGAAGGGAAACCUGAUCUUCUAUGAGGAAGACCUGAGAGAGGCUGGCAUUGAUGUCACAGAAGCAUCAGUGUACUCAGGAGUGUGUACCCAGAUCUUCAGAGAGGAGAAGGAUGUUUACCAGGGAAGAGUGUUCAGCUUUGUGCACCUGAGCAUCCAGGAGUUCCUGGCAGCGCUAUAUGUGUUUCUCUGCUUCAGCAACAGAGACAGAAACAUGUCUGACCAACAGCAAACCUCUCAGCUCUCCGAUCUGUUCAGAGCUGCAACACUUCAUGACCUGCACAAGACUGCAUUGGAUCUGGCCUUACAGAGUGAGAAUGGACACCUGGACCUUUUCCUCCGCUUCCUUCUGGGCCUCUCACUGGAGUCCAAUCAGAACCUCCUAAAGCGCCUACUGCCAAAGACCAGUAGCCAAUCACAGAGCUCAGUGCAGACAGUACAGUUUGUCAAAGAGAAGAUCAGAGGUGAGAGUAGUUCAGACAGAAGGAUCAACCUGUUCUACUGCCUGAAUGAGCUGAAUCAGCAUGCUGUAGUGGAGCGCAUUGACAGGAAGGAAGGAAAGCUGUAUGUAGAGAUGCUCUUACCAGGAGAGUGGGAGACUGUGACAUUUACUCUCAAGAUGUCAGAAGAGCAGCUGGAUGAGUUUGACCUGCAGAAAUACAUAGAGACACCAGAGGAAGACCAGACUGAACUCCUCAGCCCUGAUGAUGUUCUUCAGAAGCUGGUGCCAAUGGUCACAACAUCCAAUGAGGUGGUGAUAGUCUAG